GAAAGGGCCAGGGCUCAGCUUGGCCACGAGAUACAGCUUCAUGCCAGGGUUCUGGUAGCUUCCUCUUCCACAUCCACUUCCGUGUGGCCCCGAGUGGGCCCCAGAGGCAAGUGCUGCUGUCCGUUGCCCAAGCCACCCUCCACCUCCAGUUUGGAGCCCUGCCCCUCUAGGGCUGGGCCAAACCCAACUACUGACUGGGAUUCCAUGGGGGACUGGUAGGUCAAAGGUCUUGGGGAACAGAAGUGGUGGGGCCAGAUCCUGGGGGCUCUGGCCAUGAAGUCUCGGCAGAAAGUAAAGAAGAAGGGCUGCUCCAAGGAACGAGUGUUUGGGUGCGACUUACAGGAACACCUACAGCACUCGGGACAAGACGUGCCCCAGGUGCUAAGGAGCUGUGCAGAGUUCGUGCAAGAGUAUGGAGUGGUGGAUGGGAUCUACCGCCUCUCAGGGGUCUCCUCUAACAUCCAGAAGCUCCGGCAGGAGUUCGAGGCCGAGCGGAAGCCGGACCUUCGGCGGGACGUGUACCUCCAGGACAUUCACUGCGUCUCCUCCUUGUGCAAGGCCUAUUUCAGAGAGCUGCCAGAUCCCCUCCUCACUUACCGGCUCUAUGACAAAUUUGCCGAGGCAGUGGCAGUGCAGCUAGAGCCAGAACGCUUGAUCAAGAUCCUUGAUGUGCUCCAGGAACUCCCUGCCCCAAACUACAGGACGCUGGAGUUCCUUAUGAGGCACUUGGUCCACAUGGCCUCAUUUAGUGCCCAAACCAACAUGCAUGCCCGAAACCUGGCGAUUGUGUGGGCCCCCAACCUGCUGAGGUCUAAGGACAUAGAGGCCUCCGGCUUCAACGGGACCGCAGCGUUCAUGGAGGUGCGAGUGCAGUCCAUUGUCGUGGAGUUCAUCCUCACCCAUGUGGAGCAGCUCUUUGGGGGUGCCUCCCUCCCUGCUGGUGCAGAUGUGGAGAGCGGAUGGCUGCCAGGGGCCCGGGCAUCAGGCAGCUCUGAGGACCUCAUGCCCAGGCCUCCUCCCUACCACUUGCCUAGCAUCUUACAGGCUGGCGAUGGACCACCACAGAUCCGGCCCUACCAUACCAUCAUUGAGAUUGCAGAACACAAGAGAAAGGGAUCUUUGAAGGUCAGGAAAUGGCGAUCUAUCUUCAAUUUGGGUCGCUCUGGCAAUGAAACAAAACGUAAACUUCCACUGCGGGCUGAGGACAGGGAAGAAAAAGCCAACAAGGGGACACUGCGGCCCGCUAAGAGCAUGGACUCACUGAGUGCUGCAGCUGGUGCCAUUGAUGAGCCAGAGGGACUGGUGGGGCCCAGCAGUCCUCAGUCAAGCUCACUGAUGUCUGAGAGCUUGGAGAAUAAUUCCAUGGAUGCAGCAGAGGGUGAACAGGAACCUGAGGCCGAGGCACAGGGCAGUGCGAAUUCUGAGCCAGGAACUCCACGAGCUGGGCGGUCAGCUAUUCGGGCCUCGGGGAGCAGUCGUGCGGAGCGUUGUGCCGGUGUCCACAUCUCAGACCCUUACAACGUCAACCUCCCGCUACACAUAACCUCCAUCCUCAGUGUACCUCCAAACAUCAUUUCUAACGUCUCCUUGGUCAGGCUUACCCGUGGCCUUGAGUGUCCCGCCCUACAGCCCAGGCCAAAUCCCACCUCAGGUCCUGGCCCCGGCCCCGGCCCUGGCCCCCCAGAUGAGAAGUCGGAGACAAGAUCAGCCCCAGGUCCCCUGGCUGACUCAAACCCAGCAGACAUGACUCCUGCCCUGGAGGACUCCUUGUCCCAGGAGGUGCAGGAUUCCUUCUCCUUCCUAGAGGACUUGAGCAGCUCAGAGCCUGAGUGGGUGGGGGUGGAGGAUAGGGAGGUGGCCAAGGCAGAAGCCGCAGGAGCAGCAGGAGCAGCAGGAGCAGCACCUUUCUCCCUUGGGGAGGAUGACCCUGGGAUGGGCUACCUGGAGGAGCUCCUGGGAGUUGGGCCUCAGGUGGAAGAGUUCUCUGUAGAGCCACCCCUGGAUGAUCUGUCUCUGGACGAUGCACAGUAUGUCCUGGCUCCUAGCUGCUGCUCCCUCGAUUCUGCUGGUCCCACACCUGAUGUGGAAGAAGAAAAUGGGGAAGAAGUCUUCCUGAGUGCCUAUGAUGAUUUGAGCCCCCUUCUGAGCCCUAGAUCCACGAACUGGGAGGGUGUAGCGAGACUGGAGGAAGAGGCAGCAAGAUGUGGGAAACAACCUCCAACACAGGCUGAAGAGAAAGAGGCGUGCCGGGAAGCUGAAGAGGACAAGGAAGCUGGGCCUGGAAGCACAUCAGCUAACAGGGAAGAUGCUGAGGCAACUCCAGAGGCUGAGAUGGAAGUUGGGGAAGCUGAUGAAGAAGGAGGGGAAGAGGAAAGAAGCCAAAAGGUGAUGGGUAGUUUUGAAAAGGGGAAUAGUGAAGAGAUAGAGACCGUGGAAGGAAAUUCCAAAGGUCAAGAGGUUGAAAGUAUAGAGACCAAAGAUACAGAGAAAACAAGAGAAGAGGAUAAAGACAAGCAGGAAAGAGAGAGUGGGAGAAAAGAAGGAGCUGAGAAAGGAGAGGACACCCCCGUAGAAACUGGAAUGGAUCCAGAGCAUCCCGUCCAGGAAUACCUGCUUCCUGGAGAGAGCUGGGAAGCGGUACACAACCAAGAGACUGAGAAAGGCAACAAGGAUGAGAUCAAAGGACUGAGUGGGAAUACUGACCACCAGUCAAGAGAAGACCAAGGACAUAGUGCAGAUGGUAGAAGUCCAGUAGAAGAUAAUGAUAAUGGGGAGGAAGGGGAGGUCAGCAAGGAAGAAAAAGGUAUAGAUAUAGAAACUGAAGGCAAGAGAGCUGUUGGUGACCACUUAGAAGAGGGGGCCCUCUCUGAAGAGCCAGGUGUGGAGUUCCUGGAGGUUGACGGUACAGAAGAAGUCAAUGAACAGUCUUCUGAGAUGGAACAAGGCCCUCCACAGCCAUCUGAACCAGAGGGGAUGGAGGCUGAGGGACAGCUCAGUUCUGAGGCAUGUGACUUGAACUCUUGUCCCUGUGGUUCAACUGGUGGUGUGGGCAUGCGUCUGGCGUCUACCCUAGUUCAGGUCCAACAGGUCCGCUCUGUUCCUGUAGUACCCCCCAAACCACAGUUUGCCAAGAUGCCCAGUGCAAUGUGUAGUAAGAUCCAUGUAGCACCUGCAAACCCAUGUCCAAGACCUGGUAGGCUUGAUGGGACUCCUGGAGAAAGAGCUUGGGGGUCUCGUGCUUCUUGGAGGAACGGGGGUAGUCUUUCCUUUGAUGCUGCUGUGGCCCUGGCCCGGGAGCGCCAGAGAACUGAGGCGCAGGGAAUUCGGCGGACCCAGACUUGUACUGGGGGUGGGGAUUAUAGCCUCAACUCCAGAACCUCUCCCUGUAGCAUGAUUCCUGCCCAUUCUUCCCGGCCCCUUAGCUGUCUGGAACUCCCACCUGAGGGCACAGAAGGGUCUGAGCCCAGGAGUCGGCUUAGUCUGCCUCCUAGAGAGCUUCACCCCCCUGUCCCUCUUAUGUCCCCUCAGCGUCAGACAUAUGCCUUUGAAACACAGACUAACCGUGGGAAAGAAGGGCUGUGAUUAGGAUGGGACAAGAGGAAUCAGAAAUUUAUCGUCAAUCUCUGGAACCCUCACCCAGCUGUCGUUGCACCCUUGGCAGCUGAAGUGUCCAAUUCCAUAGGCUUGGGUCCUCCAGCUACUUGUUUUGACCACGAGAGGCAUUGCCUUGAUGGGUUUACUUGAGUUUGUGUUAGACACAAAGCACUUAUCUCUUAGCAGAGUCUUAAGAAAUAUAGGAAGAUCUUAUUCCCAUGAAGUUGUAAUUAUUAACCAAAACAUAGGGUAGGUAGAAACUUAUUAUUUUUCUUAAAUUUAAAUACAUGGGGGGGGGUGAGGAUUCCAGUCAAACUCCUGCCCUCUUCUGAGGCUGUGAACAUCUCUUCAUAGAAGCCUAAGGCAGAUGUGGAAAAUAUAGGGCCAGAUACAGAAUUGCUCACUCCUGUUUUGUUCCCAGAUCCUUAACUAUCUCCUGACCCUUUUAGCUCCAGAUUAGGGGAAACACAUCCAAGAAGCUCUUUAAAGUCCUCAGUGUUCACUGAAGGAAAUGGAUGGCAUCUUCUGCCUUCAAUUAUUUGCAGAGGAAGUCCUGUACAGAUCUCUCUGGUCUUUCUUUUUCCCAUUAGAAUAACCUCCUAUUUCAGGAACGGGAUGUCUGAUCAUCACUCUGGCCCUGGCACUGUUUCUCUGCACAGGUGGGAGCUAGAGGCCUCAUUUAGCCAUGGUGGCUGUUUGAUAAUAAAAAUUGAAUUUUUU